AUGGAUGCGCGGGGAGUGAGUGUUGGUGAGAAGAGAACUCGAGAGGUGAGAGAGGUGCAGGCCGCUCGGCAACGGUACGAGCAGGCGUUGCAAGAAGGUGGAGUUAUAAGCCGGAAGUCGGUGAGCGAAGGGUUUGAAGAUAGUCGGCAGAAGACGUUUCAGGAGUUCGUCGAGUUUCUGGGGAGUGUUGGAUGCGAGAAUGUGCGGGAGGCGAGCGGAGCAGAUGUGAUAGCAUUUGUGCAGGGGUGGUGGCUGGUGAGCCAUCGGGGAAACUUUCGAACGCAGGCGCCGGGAAGCUCGGAGAAAGUGGCUUCCGUGUCAGCCGUGAAAGGGGUGAUCACUCAGAUUGCCAAGAGUUAUAGUAUGCUUGGUGUGUGUGACGACCAAAAUCCGGCUAAGACGGAAGCUGUGCGGAGUUACCGGGAAGGUUAUCGGGUUAUGCUGCGAGAGCAGGGGGUUCGCGAGAAACGAGCUAAGAUAAUGCCAGAAGAGAAAGUAACGGCUUUGGUGGAAUAUCUGAACGGCGAGGUGCGGUGGGCGCAGGGAACGGUGAAGUGCUGCGCCGCGAUGGAUCGGGCCAUCGUUUUAUAUCUAUGGGAAACUUGGGCACGGUGGAGUAAAACUGUGCGGGAAGAGCCGAGCGCGGAAAUUCGGGUGAGCGGGAGCGGCGGCGAGAACACGUUUUUAUGGGCCGCGGGGCUUCUCCACCAUGAAAUGGAGGUGUGUGGUCAUGCCGCUGGGAGCGAAUUUCUGUUCCGGCCGCUGAACAAGCAGCGGAACGGAUUCGGAACGACGGCGUUGAGUGCAGGAGCCAUGAAUCGGCGGGUGCAGCGUCAUUUGCAGCGCGCUGGAUUGUUCGAAGGGGAAACGUUGCAUAGUUUCCGUCGGUCUGCUGUGCAGCAUGCUGCAGAGUUAGAGAAUUACAACGUGGCCCGGUUGAUGGAAUUAGGGCGCUGGAAGAGCCGAGCGGCUUUCCGAGUGUACGUAGAAGAGAUAGCUGGCGAGUUUGCCAGGGGUAGUUUAUGA